CGGGGUGCCUCAUUUUAGGAUAUGUGUGAUGCUAUCACAGCAUGAACUAACCUGUGAACGGCCAACAGUGUUGUGUUAUGGUGCCGCGAGAAAGCUUUUCAGUUGUCUAAGAUACUUAGAAGAAGACGUAUGAAGCGAAUAACGAAAAGAGAAAUUAAUGUUAGAAUAAAUAUUAGAUAACAACUAAUAAAAUGGAUGUGCAGCGUCACUCGGUGCACACGUUGGUGUUCCGUUCGCUGAAACGGACACACGACAUGUUUCUCGCCAACCAAGGAAUGCUACCACCAGUCGACCCAUCGAUGGAAAAGUUGAAAAUGGCAGUAAAAGCCAAAGACAGUUAUGGCACAGUUCUUCAACAAGUUAAUUUACAAAAUGAAAUGAAGAAGAGGAAAGAGAUCAACGCAAGCUCUACGCCGAGCGAGGCCGAGAGCUCGAGCAACAGCACCAGCAACAGCUUAGCCAUAAUAGCCUCCAGCACUCCUGCGCAAACCGAUAACACAGUGGCGAAUAUUAUGACAAAUCCUAUCAAAAAGGUCAUGCCCAUGGCCAAACCAAAGUGGCACGCCCCAUGGAAAUUAUACAGAGUUAUUAGUGGUCACCUUGGAUGGGUGCGCUGCGCUGCAAUCGAACCUGGCAAUGAGUGGUUCGCCACUGGUUCGGCUGAUCGUGUUAUCAAAAUUUGGGACUUGGCUACAGGAAAGCUAAAAAUUUCACUUACUGGUCACAUUAGCAGUGUGAGAGGCCUAGCCUUUUCUCAAAGGCACCCGUACUUGUUUUCAUGCGGAGAAGACAGACAAGUUAAGUGCUGGGACCUUGAAUAUAACAAGGUCAUUAGACAUUACCAUGGUCACCUAUCAGCUGUAUAUUCUUUAGCUCUCCAUCCUACCUUAGAUAUUUUGCUUACUGCUGGCAGAGACUGCACUGCUAGGGUAUGGGAUAUGCGCACCAAAGCAAAUGUCCACACCCUUACUGGCCACACAAACACUGUGGCAAGCGUUAUCACUCAAGUGCACGACCCUCAGGUCAUCACCGGUAGCCAUGACUGUACAAUCAGGUUGUGGGACUUGGCAGCAGGGAAAUCAAGAGUGACUCUCACUAACCACAAGAAAAGUGUGAGAGCAUUGACAUUUCACCCAACCCUCGACAUGUUUGCUUCAGCAUCUCCUGACAACAUUAAAGAAUGGAAGUCUGUGGACGGCAAAUUUAUACAGAAUUUGUCUGGCCACAAUGCCAUUAUCAACUGUCUUGCAGCCAAUGAAGAUGGAGUUCUAGUUUCUGGAGCUGAUAACGGAAGUAUGUACCUUUGGGAUUGGCGUACUGGGUAUAAUUUCCAAAGGCUACAAGCUCCGGUUCAACCUGGUUCUAUGGAUUCUGAAGCAGGAAUAUUUAGCAUAACUUUUGACAUGUCAGGAACCAGAAUGAUCACAACUGAAGCUGACAAAACAAUCAAAGUGUAUAAAGAGGACGAUACAGCUUCAGAAGAAACGCAUCCAAUUAACUUCAAACCAGAAAUUGUCAAACGGCGGAAAUAUUAACUCUUAUAUUUUACGUAUUUUUUUAAUUUAUCAGACUAUAAUAAAAUAAUUUCUACGAUAAAAA